AUGGGGAAGCUGGUGGCACUGACUCUGCUGGGGUCAAGCCUGGCCCUAAUUGGGGAGAGGUUUCUGGCAUUUAGACAAAGAAUUAAUGCAUCAAGAGAAGUAGAGGCAGUAGAACCCCCAAACUGCCAACUUAUUGAGGCAAUUGAAGCUGGCUUUGAAGAUAUUGAUAUUCUUUCUACUGGGCUGGCUUUUAUCUCCAGUGGAUUAAAAUAUCCCGGUAUGCCAAAUUUUGCACCAGAUGAACCAGGAAAAGUCUUGUUGAUGGAUCUGAAUGAAGAAAAACAAGUGGAACAGGAACUAAAAAUCAGUGAUGGAUUUGACAAGGCAUCAUUUAAUCCACAUGGGAUCAGUACUUUCAUCGACAAAGACCAUACUGUGUAUCUUUUGGUUGUGUGUCAUCCUCACAUGGAGCCCACUGUGGAGGUAUUUAAAUCUGAGGAGGAACAUCAUUCUCUUGUGUACCUGAAAACUAUAAAAAAUGAACGUCUUGAAAUGGACCUCAGAGGACAGCACUCUGUAUCAUCAGGAAAGUUGCUGGUUCCUGUGGCAGAGUGA